AUGCUGGGUCUGGAUUACAGCUCGUCCGAUGAAGACGACGACGACGCAACGAACGUGCAGGCUCCCACCGUCGCGGCGGAGGCUGACAAGCGCGGGGUGGAAGCCGGAGAGACGCCGCUGCAGAAGAUGGAGGGCGCGAGGGGCGCGAGCAACCCCGGAAGGACAGGCGCCGGGGUUUCGUCUGCGAGCGAUCACCGGCCGUCGACGAUCCUUCCCAGCGCUUUCGACUUGCUCGAAGCGACUGGUCCUGGAGGCGUCGGUAGCAUGACGCAGCACUACAGCAGGCCCGGACCUCCGGGUGGGGGGGCGCAGCAUAGUGGCACGGCAGUGACUGGUGUCAAGAGACCGGCGAAUGGUCAGUUCCCGUUGCCGAGCGUCCCGCAGAAGAGCGGUCGUGGCGGCCAGCAGAGGAAUGUUAGCGGAAAACCCGUGAACACGCUCCUUCCGCCGCAGCUGCGCGGCAGGGCGAACAACGCGACGCAGGAUCUGGAGGCGUUGGGAUUCAAGCGAAAGCCAAAGCCACUGUAG